ACACCAACAUCAUUCGCAGCCACUCCUCGGAAUCGAAAUGUACUCCAAAUAUAGUUUCAAUUAUACGGUGAUCGCGGUCCUCCUGUUUGCGGUCGCCAUCCAGUCAGCCCCCUCGGAUGUGGUGGUCGAGAAGGCAGAGGAUCCAGUGCCCGCUGCAGUCCAGCCAGCGGAGGAGCCAAAGCAGGACUUCGUAGUGCCAGAGGACUGUCACCAGCCCAAGGAGACAGGACGUUGCUUCGCCUUGUUCUAUCGCUUCGCCUACAAUGUGGAUACCAAGGCGUGUGAGGAGUUCGUCUAUGGCGGCUGUGCCGGAAACAAGAACAACUUCGAGUCCAAGGAGCAGUGCGAAGAGGCCUGUCUGGGUCGAUCGGGGGCCAAGCCCCAGCAGCCGUCGGACACCACUACAGAGUCAAGUGCCGAUGUGACAACCGAAACAAGCACCAGUGCCUAAUUUUAAUUAAGUUUGUUUUUUUUAGGCAUAUAUGUUUGUAGUGUUUAGUUCUAUUUAUGAUCCCCGAUUUCAUCUCAAAUACAAACACACAUACUUGAUUCGCACUCAA